UUAUGCUCAUCGCCAAAAGUCGCUUCUUUCCCCGCACUCAACUCGAAAACUCAAAACUUGCACAACGGCCCCACAUUCCAAUUUAAAUAUCUAAUCGGAGAACAACGAUCGUGUGUUAUUACUGUCGCGUUAAAAAUCAUAAACACUAAAUAGGAUCUUUAAUAAAAUAUAUUACGAAAAAUCGAAAAACAAGUUAAAGUGUCCUAAAUUAUUGGCGUUCUUCAGAUCAUGCAGCUCGUGAAUCUAUUUAGAAGUUGGAAUUUAACGCAUCAAGAUGAAACGUAGAAAAAGCAGAAACAAAGCAAAGAGCCCUGAGCCCAAACGUUCCAGAACUGGAGUCAUGUCAUGGGAUUGUUAUAUAAGGGUUCCAAACUCCUGAACUUAAUUCUGGAUUCCCUGGAAGAUCAAGAGGGUGGAGCUAUGUACAUAUCGUGCGAUGUCUCAAACGGCGGUCCUGUGGAACCAGAGACGGGCUAUGUGCCCAACAAUCCCCUGUUCGGCUUGGCGCUGGACAGCCCGCAGCAAGAGUGCGCCGCUUCCUGCGUCGGCUGUUUAUCCUGCCAGGGCAGCACCGCCCUGCCCAUCUCCUCGCUGACCAGCAGCGACUUCGACUGCGGCGGCUGCUUUGAUCCCACGAUUGGAGUGGGCGUGGGCAUCGGCGGCGGCCACAUCCAGAUCAGCACCACACCGCCGGCGAGCAGCGGCAACGGGAGCAUCAACAACGGCGCCGGAGAGGGGCCCUCCGGGAACCACGGCUACUGGAGCACCGACGAGAUGGCCUCCACAUUCCCCGGCCUGCCGCCGCUGGACAUUGAUCCGCUGCCCAGCCUGUUCCCCUUCUCGCCCUGCGGCGCCUCCUACAACUUCGCCGCCGGCAAUCCGCACCAGGCCUCGCUCUCCUACACGGUGCAUCCGCACCAGAUGCUCAUCUCGCCCAAUUCCCACAGCCACGGCCACGGCCACGGCCAGAUGCACUCGCAGCACCAACAGCACCAGCAGCAAUCCCAACAGCACCAGACAUCGCACGUGGGCAACUCGCUGCUCCAAAGCAGCGCAGCAAAUAGUAUUGGCAGCAAUGGUGGCUCCAGUGGAGCGGGUAACCCGGCUGCCUGCUACUAUGAUUCCGGGACAGCUGGCACCGCUGCACCUCCUCCUCCGCCGGCGGCUGCCAUGUACCCCAGCAUGAGUGUGAAUGUCAGCAUGAACAUGACCAUGCACCAUGGCUAUGGGGCGGGGGAUGCCGGCGGGGUGCCCAUGCAGUGUUCCCAGAUGAACUGGACGCCGCCGAGCAACUCCUCUUCGGCGGCCGCAGCAGCGGCGGCGGUCAAUGUGCUAUAUCCGCCGCUCCUCAGUCCCGGCCACUAUCCCGCCUCGGCCACGUACUCCUUUACGGCGGACUUCCGGGCCCCGGCACCCACCGGCUUGGGUUCCCUGCCCCCGCUGACGGUGGGCGAAAAGGAGUCGCCCUCGCCGCCGUCCAACUCCGCCCUGGGUGGAUACUACCCCACCACCGGGGUGGGGGUGGGCAACCAGGGAUACACGCCGCCCCACAAGAGCCCCAGCAGCUACCAGGCUGCCGCCCUCGGCCUGAGCCUCUCCGCCUUCGAGGACGAGGAGGACAGCAACGAGGAGCUGGACGGGGACGAGGGCAGCAGUGGCGGCGAGAUGAAGCCCAAUCUGUGCCGGCUGUGCGGCAAGACAUACGCCCGACCCAGCACGCUCAAGACCCACCUGCGGACUCACUCCGGCGAGCGACCCUACCGCUGCCCCGACUGCAACAAGAGCUUCUCGCAGGCCGCCAACCUGACGGCCCACGUACGCACACACACCGGCCAGAAGCCGUUCCGCUGCCCCAUCUGCGACCGACGCUUCUCGCAGAGCUCCAGCGUCACCACGCACAUGCGCACCCACUCCGGCGAGCGGCCGUACCGCUGCUCCUCCUGCAAGAAGUCCUUCUCGGACAGCAGCACCCUCACCAAGCACCUGCGAAUCCACAGCGGCGAGAAGCCCUACCAGUGCAAGCUCUGCCUGCUCAGAUUCUCGCAGUCGGGAAAUCUGAAUCGGCACAUGCGCGUCCACGGCAACAACAAUAACAACAACAACAAUGGGAGCGGCGGCAGCAAUGGUGGAACAGGCGUCGCAGGCGAAGGCGCAGGCGGGGGUGGCAACAGCCUCCUCACAUGA